UGUCGAUAGCCAAGAUCCACCGGGAUGCAGCCAAAGCCACCGCCAGCGCCAAGCGCGACGAGUCGUUUGAAGCGCGCAUCGAUGCGAUCCUUGCCACCACAAAAGAAAUCGCGGAGCGGUUGCAGCGAAAGCACCACGACGACGACGACGCCGGGCACGACGACGAGGGCGACGAUUUUCCAUCAUGGACGAUGACGCGCACGCGUCGGCGCUCCUGAAGCGGCAGCUGAGCCGCUUCCUCAAGCUGCCGCGCUCGCUGAGCCACCGCGAGAUGGAAGAGGUCACGCACUUGGUGCUGCAUCAAGUGGGCAACACGCCCGACCAUAGCAUGCUCAUGCAUGAAAUUGGCACCCUCAUCGACGAGCAUGUCAUUACGCCGCGCGAGGUCGACGACGAGCACGAGCGAGACAUCAAACACCGGCCAUCCUUGGCAAAACGCCGUCAAAAAGAGCUGCCAACCCUUGACAUCCAUCCGACAACCGACAUUGAAAUGACCCAGCGCAUGCUGUUUGUGUCGGCCAACCGACUUAAAUCCACGUCCAUGCGCGGCGGAUUCAACAACGAGUCAUUUUUGCGCUCCCAAAAGGCCACCUUUUCGCUGUUUCCCAAGCCGAGCGAGCGGACGCUGCUGCCCAAGCUCUCGUCGUGCAAGAGCCCCAAGAUGACGGCGCAGGCCGAGGUCGAGCUCGCCGAGCAGCGCGCGCGCCAAGCCGAACUCGAGUGGCGAGAGGCCGUCAAGCAAGACUAUAUCAUUUGGCUCCGCGCCAAAGCCGAAGCCGAGGCCCACGAGAAGAGACACCGCCACGCGUCGCAGUCGACGAAGCGCAAGCACAAGCCGCGAUGGCUGCUGCUCUACGAGGAUGCGCGGGCGCACCAAGCCGUGCUAUCGCCCAUGCUCUAGUUUGUCCGAGAAAGGUCAUAGUAGUAGCACAAAGACACUGCAUAUACUGAUAAGUUGAAAUAACGACGACUAGGACAUGCAAGCGGA